ACUAUUCGCUUCAAAACCUAGCCGCGGCCGCCACUCUCUCUCUUUCCUCCUCCUCCUCUUCCCCGUCCUCUACGGUAUUCGAAGAUGGCCGACACCCUGGUCCUCCGCGGCACGAUGCGCGGCCACACCGACAUGGUGACGGCCAUCGCUGCCCCCAUCGAUAACUCCGACAUGAUCGUUUCCUCAUCCCGGGACAAGUCUGUACUCGUCUGGCACCUUACCAAGGAUGCUCCUUCUGCUUCUGGGGAUGGGACCGCCACCGGCUCCUCCUACGGCGUUCCAAAGCGCCGCCUCACCGGCCACUCCCACUUCGUCCAGGAUGUGGUCCUCUCCUCUGACGGCCAGUUUGCCCUCUCCGGCUCCUGGGACGGCGAUCUCCGUCUCUGGGACUUGUCCACCGGCGUUACCACCCGCCGCUUUUCUGGUCAUACCAAGGACGUUCUAUCCGUUGCCUUCUCCAUCGACAACCGUCAAAUCGUCUCCGCCUCCCGCGAUCGCACCAUCAAGCUCUGGAACACCCUCGGCGAGUGCAAGUACACCAUCCAGGAUGCCGACGCCCACACCAACUGGGUCAGCUGCGUCCGCUUCAGCCCCAAUGCUUACCAGCCUACCAUAGUCUCUGCCUCCUGGGACCGCACCAUCAAGGUCUGGAAUCUGACCAACUGCAAGCUCCGCUGCACUCUCGCUGGCCACGCCGGCUAUGUCAACACAGUUGCUGUCAGCCCCGAUGGCUCCCUCUGCGCCAGCGGUGGCAAGGAUGGGGUCACACUGCUCUGGGACCUCGCGGAGGGGAAGCGCCUCUACUCACUCGAUGCUGGGGCCAUCAUCCACUCGCUCUGCUUCAGUCCCAACCGGUACUGGCUUUGCGCUGCUACUCAGGAGAGCGUCAAGAUCUGGGACCUUGAGAGCAAGUCCAUCGUGCAGGAUCUUAAGCCUGAAACCACUGGCACCAAGAACCAGAUGUUGUACUGCACAAGCUUGACUUGGAGCGCAGAUGGUAGCACACUAUUCACUGGUUACACCGACGGAACCAUCAGAGUUUGGGAGAUUCGGUACUAGAGGUAGAGAGGGAAGGCGAAUAGGAAUUUCUCUCGUGCUCCUCUUUUUUUUUUGCUUUGGAAAGAACAUUGCAUGUUUCUGGUUUUUAUUUUAAUCUUUUUUGGAGCAAUUGCAAGGCACAUUUCUGGCAAUCUUAUGACAGUCUGUUUUUUUGGGCAAUAUUAAGUGUUUUUUGGAGCAA